AUGACGAUCAAGCACAAUCAGCAGAUACAGCACAACCAUUUCCGCAAGGAUUGGCAACGUCGUGUGCGAACUCACUUCGACCAGCCUGGACGCAAAUCACGUCGUCGAAAUGCCCGUCUCGUGAAAGCCGCAGCUGUCGCGCCUCGCCCAGUCGACAAGCUCAAGCCUGUAGUGCGAUGCCCUUCGAUCAAGUACAACCGCCGCGUUAGAGCUGGACGUGGAUUUUCGCUGGCUGAAUUGAAGGAAGCCGGCAUCCCCCGCAAACUUGCCCCCACCAUCGGCAUCAGCGUCGACCCCCGUCGCGCCAACCUUUCCGUCGAAUCCCUCACCGCCAACGUCGCCCGCCUGAAGGCCUACCGCGAACGCCUAAUCCUGUUUCCCCGACGCUCCGGCCAGCACAAGAAACUCGAUAGCAGCAAAGAGGAAAUCGAGGCCUACGCCAAGGGCGAGAAAGAGAGCGCUCAUAAGGUGCACCAUAUUCUGCCAAUCAAGAACAUGGCCAAAGAGGACGCUAUUGGUGAGGUCAGUACGAGUGAUAUGCCAGAGGGAGAGGAGGCUGCAUAUAGGAAGUUGAGGGAUGCAAGGAGCGAGGCUAGAUUGGUGGGUGUGAGGGAGAAGAGGGCGAAGGCCAAGGCUGAGGAGUCAGCUGCUGCGAAGAAAUAG